AUGAUAAAGUUACUCCUGGCUUUUCAUUUGCUACACCAUACUUUUGUACAUUCCAUCGACUGUUUUAAAUGUAUAUCAGUAAACAACGAUUUUGUACCUUGUGAAGACCCGUUUCAUCAUAACUUCACAAAUGAUAUUUAUCAAUCACCUUGUAUGGGCGGUAAAAAAGGGCGAGAUGGACUGUUUCCUGCUACUUCUUGUAUAAAAAUAGCCGGCAUAUUUGAUGACACCGAAGAUGCAAUUGUUGUGCGUGGAUGUGCCUUAGAUAGCGGAACCUUAACUACUGAUACCGAGAUUGUCAGAAUGUCGCAUUGUGGCAGCUUCUAUUAUGAAAAUAGGUACGUAAGAGGUUGCGUGCAAAGCUGUAAUGACGCAGAUGGCUGCAAUAAAGGUGCUCAAGAGAAAUUUAACUCACGGACAAUAUUAUUAUAAAAAAUAAAAAUAUCGUAUGACAGUGCCUAUCUGCCUAUCGAAAAAAUUAUAACAUAA